GUUCCAUAAAGCGAAAUAUGUUUAGAAAGUGUACAUGGACGGGUCAGUAUACCCAUUUCCAAAGCUUCACACCUCUGCAAUAUAAAAUAAAUUUGGUUAAGUGUCUCAACCACAGAAUCAAGGUAUUAUGUUCUGAAGACAGUGUGGAGGAAGAAAUAGUUAUACUAAAGAACACAUUACGUAAUAAUGGCUAUCCGGAUAAUUUCGUCAAAAAAUACCUCGUACAAAGUAUUAAAAAGAGAAGACAUUGCGACACGGUCAGUAAAAAGACCUUAUAUCUGAAACUUGACUUUAAAGGCGACAUAGCGGGUGAUAUUCUAACACGUUGACUCAAAAGAUCUGUCGAGAGGACGUUUCAUGCCGCCAAGUUACACAUAACUUUCUCGACUAAGUCAGUACUCACACAACUAAUCAAGGAUAAGUUACCGAAGAUGGGCUCCUCCAUGUGUGUAUACCAAUUCAACUGCUCCUGUGGAGCUAGUUACAUAGGCCGUACUCAGAGGGCUUUAUCCUUGCGUGUUCGUGAACAUAUACCAGCAUGGUUGGGAAAAGGAGUCACCAAAUCGAUUAACAGCACCAUUCUUUCUCACUUGGUAGAUAGUGAACAUCAUAUUAAAAUAGAGGAAGCUUUCUCUGUUUUAUAUCAAGUUCCAAAAUAUCUACCUCAAGGAGCUAGAUUACGACUACUUUACACAACCGAAGCCAUCUGGAUCAACUCCAGAAGACCUAAUUUAUGCAUCCAGAAAAAAUAUAUCCAGCCUGUAUGUUUACCCUGGUCUACGACUAGAUCACCAAAUACCUAGACUGAAUAUUAUAUUAUAUUAUAUUUUCAAUUUUGCAAUAGUAGUAUUAUCUUAUUGUGACUGAACCAUUUACUGACCUUUAUUGAAUGAC